AUGUCCUCACUGGAAUUGCCAAACCGUGGCUUAAUCAUUGUAAUUAUCGAAGCAAGUGUCUGUCUUCUUUUGAACAUCAUAAGUUUCUUGGGAAAUGCUCUGGUUUGUUUAGCAGUGUAUAAAAAUCCAAAACUCAGAUCAACCAUCAAUAUGUACAUCAUCGCUUUAGCAGUCAGUGAUCUGUUGUGUGCUACAUUGGAAAUGCCUUUGGCGUCUGCCGUACUUAUUCUGGGGAAAUGGGAUUUCGGCGUUCCAUUAUGCGAAAUUGAAGGUUUUGUGGAUGCGUUCGUUACGUACGUAACACCAGCGACUAUGGGCCUGACAGCUUUCAACAGGUACAUGCGUGUUGUGAAAAGCAAACAAUACAACAAGGUCUUUUCAUCGCGGAAAACGAAGAUUUGGAUUUGUUCCGUGUGGCUCUUUCUCGCCAGUUAUCUGUUCGUUGCUCGAGUCACAGGCUGGCUAAAGUUUCAGUUCAUUCCUGGGUACGCAGUCUGUAGCGUCGCCUUCACCAAAUCAGGCAACAGAAAUAUUCAUUACUGCCUUGUAUUCAUCUUCUUUUUUGCUCUACCGUUCCUCGCUGGUUGUGUCAGUUAUUACAAAGUGUUUGACAAAAUUUGUCAACAUAAACUGGACGUGGCGCCAACUUUGCAAAACACGAAUCAAACAGAGAUAGCGAGAAUCUCGGUACAAGAAAUAAGUAUUAGUCGAGUUUUGUUUUAA